CUUGGAUCUUUGUGCUCCAUAUUUCACCAGGUAGACUUUCUCAAAUUUGGAUUUACCAGAACAAGAAGAAAAAGCAAUGGCCUCCCUUACACCAGGAGUUCUACUAAAGCUCCUUCAGAGCAUUAACUCCAACGUAAAGGUUCGUGGAGAAUAUCGAUCUGUCCUGCUUCAAGUGAUCAGCAUUGUGCCUGCCUUAAAUGGCUCAGAGCUGUGGCCAAACCAAGGCUUCUUCAUAAAAGUGUCGGAUUCUUCUCAUUCCACUUAUGUCUCACUGUCCAAGGAAGACAAUGAGAUUAUAUUGAAUAACAAGUUGCAGCUUGGUCAGUUUUUCUAUGUUGAUAGAAUGGAGGCAGGAACACCAGUUCCUAUACUUAUUGGGGUCAGACCAGUUCCAGGACGACACCCUUUCGUGGGGAACCCAAAGGAUUUGAUGCAAAUGUUAGAGCCAUCAGAGAGUCCAGUUCAAGCUGAUCAGCAAGGCAGCAAUAGUUUGAAAUCGAGGGAGUCCUUCGACGCAAAAGAUGAAAACUCAAGACAAACGUUUGUUAUUAAAGAGGAAAAGGCAGCUGUUGCAUCUAGGUAUAUGCAAGGUGUUUUGACAUCAAAUUCAAAAGCUAGCGGGCCAGAUUCUAAUGGAGGUGGGAAGAACCAUGACAAUGAGAGUGGUGCUAAGAAGGUUUCCAUGUUAAAAGGCAAGCAGCAAGAGCAUAAUGGUCAGGCACGCUCAAUAACUCCUUCCCAUAAUCGACCUGGUGCACUUUCAUCAAAGCUGGACUCAGUCGUAUCUAACACCAAGGAGACUGCUGCGCCUUAUAGAAGCACUUCUGCAAAACGAACUUCAAACAAACAUGAAAACAUGAACUCUAAUUGUUUGUCAAGCCGAAAAGAUAAAAGCCAGUCACCAGAGGCUGUUUUGUGGGCUUGUCUGCCGGCUAACUUUUUGAAGCUUGGAAAGGGAAUGCUCAGGAGGAGAAAUUUAGCUUCUUUGGUAGCAGCAGAAGCUCAAAAAGAAGCAUCUACAGCUGCAACUCUUGUCAAAUGUCUCAGCAUGUUUGCCGAUCUAUGUUCAUCUGCCUCACCAGACAAUCCCCACCUUCCUCUCAACAAGUUUUUCAUACUCCACCAGCUCAUUGACCAACCAAACAUUGCAGCUGCAUUGAAGGAUAAUUCAAUUCCUUUAACUACAAAACAAUUAAUGCCUCCAGAUGUUGAAAAGUUAAGCAAAAGGACAGGUCUAAUUCAUGGUAAAAGUACAUUGAAGUCUCCAAAGGCCCCUGCUGAGUUAAGUGGAGCAGAAAAACUAGAAUGGGCUAAAGGAGAUAGUGCAAAAGAGAUAGCAGAGCUGAAAGAAAUUCUCAUAAAUGAAACAAGAUCUUGGUUUUUGAAAUUCUUGGAGGAAGCAUUGGAUACUGGCUUUCAUCUGAAACCCCAAGAGAAGAAAGGUAAGGACAGUGCCGGGCGACGCAAUGAGCCAGACAAUCAUAUUGCUGUGACAUUAUCACAGCUUAAGAAAGCAAAUGAGUGGUUGGAUAAACUGAAGAACAAUAUAAACUCGGGGAACAAUGGAUUGGUGGAGAAUGUUGACAGGUUAAAACAAAAAGUAUAUGCUUGUUUACUUGUUCAUGUGGAGUCUGCUGCUUCAGCUCUAGAAAACAGAUCUGACCGUGGUUGAUCCAGCCAAAAGGGUGAUUUUAGAAUUUUGAUUGGCCUCUGGUAUAUUUGAAUAACUUAUUACAUUUAAUUUAAGGUGGUGUUGAUUUCCAACUAAGGUGAUUUGAGCCAAGCAUUUUCAUUUAACUUGUGGAUGAUGAAAUUAUUUAUGGAUGUUCAUUGUGUAUAAAAAUAA